GCUGUCUAGUUAUGUCAAAUAUUAAUAGCCAAAUCACUCAUACUCGCAAAACAAUGGACCCAGAAGCGGCAAAAAACCCCAGGUGUCAGCUCCUCGAUUUGCCAUGGGAGGACAUCUUGGUGACACAUGUGUUCUGUCACCUGCCUUUGCGACAGCUGCUCACGCUGCAGAGGGUCAGCAGGCAGUUCCGAUCGCUAGUGCAGGUCUACCUGGCCAACUGCAGAACCUUUGACCUCAGCCAGGUCGGCUCCAAGGUCCCCAAGGAGUCCUUCUGCUCCAUCCUGAGCGACAACAAGGUUCUGCAAAACCUUUCCGUCCAGACCUGCUCCGACUGGAUCACGGACCGGGAGCUGCUGCCAGUCAUCGGCCAGAACCCUCACCUGCAGCGCGUGGACAUGCGCAGCUGCUGUGGCCUGAGCCGACACUCCCUGGUGGCCGUCUCCCUCAGCUGCCUGAAGCUGCAGCACCUGGUGCUGGCACACUGCGAAUGGGUGGACAGCCUCUCCCUACGCAGCCUGGCGGACCACUGUGGAGACCUGCGCUCGGUGGACCUGACGGCGUGUCGGCAGCUGAAGGACGAGGCCAUCGGGUACCUGGCGCGCAGGUGUCGCUCACUGCGGUCACUCUCGGUGGCCGUAAACGCCAACGUGACGGACGAGUCCGUGGAGGAGGUGGCCAAGAACUGCAGGGAGCUGGAGGAGCUGGACCUCACCGGGUGCCUGAGGGUCCGGAACGAGGCCAUCAGGACUGUUGCUGAGUACUGCCCCAAGCUGCGCUCGCUGAAGGUGAACCACUGCCACAACGUGACAGAGUCCAGCCUGGGCCUGCUGCGGAAGCGCGACGUGGAGAUCGACGUGGAGCCGCCCCUGCAGAGGGCGCUGGUGCUCCUGCAGGACGUGGUGGGCUUCGCACCCUUCAUCAACCUGCAGAUAUAGCAGAGGGAGGCCGGGGACCGGCAAUGGUUGGCGCGAUAGUUGGCGGUGGUUGCACGUGUGGACUGUGACAGGUUUCACCCACACUGCUGUUACAGAUGAGGAGUCCCCCGCCUUGCCCCGUGUUGCUAUGAGCAACGCAGCAACACAGAAACAGCAGGUGCCACUAAGGAAACUCAACGUGGGAAUGAUCAAGAUGCAAUGAACUCACUUAUUUAUUGCUCAAUGCAAACCCAUCAAGCGCACACAAACUUUCUUUGUGGACACCUUUUGCACUUCAAGUAACACUAUGUUUGAGCUGGCCUUUUUCUUUUCACUUGCAGAGGAGGACAAACUGGAUUUAAAAAAAAAAACGUUAUUCAGGAUUCAAAAUGUCAUAUUCCCUUUGCCUGUGCUCUUAACACAGGUUCACUAAUUUGCUGUUCUACCUUGGGAUCCCAAAAUGAUAAAAGGGCAAAGUGCAGCAGCACUCAAUUGUGCUGUAGUUUUUGCAGUAUUGCAGUGUUUUUGUGUCCAAAACACUCUAUAGUGCAUUAAAAUGCAGUAUCCCCAAGUUGUAGUCUGGAGCAUCUAAAUUACUGCAGUCACUGCACGUUAACUGCAGUACUAGUGCAGAGUUGUGCAGCAAUACUGCAGUUUUUACGGUCUGGAAUCAAUUUGUGGAAUUAAAAUUUCUGAACCUAGCAUGUCCGCCUCUGCCCCCAUUGUGCUCACACACGAUCAGAAGGCCUGGUGCUGUUUACAUGGAAUUAUAGCAUAUAGUAGAUUACAGUACAUGUUUUAGGAGCAGUGUCAUCCACUUUACUCUGGUCGUUUUUAACACAGAGUAAUGAAGCAUUCUUCAUUGUAGGUAAGGCUGAUGAAUGAUGUGCAGUACUACUCAUUACUACUGCAUUUGCACUUGAAAGCGCAUCAGUUUUGCACUCUUCUUUACACCUACACAGAGUUUUAGAAGUCUCCAUCUAAAACUCAAGUUGUGAAAAUAUCCCUUUUAGGUGUCUAAAACACACUUGUCACAAUUUGUGUCUGUAUGAGACAACAGGUCUCCUCCUUGGUCCAAAAGCGGCCUUUUGUGUUCACCAUUGUAUGAUGUUAAAAAUAUUAAAUCUAGCGUAGGCCUACCAUCCUUUAUCGGUUGGUAAAAACAGCGCGAGGGACAGAAUACUCCAGUUUAAAAUCAGACUAUUCUGUUAUAUGAAAAAUCCAAUCGGACCCAAAUCAGUUAAUCCACAUCCUCUAAUCGGAUUUCUUAAAAUCUGAUUCCAAUUCAAUUAUUCGAGUUACAUGACGUUUGUUUAAUCGGAGUAUUAAUGUUCAUGUAUCUGCGCCCAUUGACGAUUGAAAUAUCUGUGUUUAGAAAUAUCCACGUACUGUAUGUGUAAACAGCUGCUGAUAAAGAGGCAAACCUUUGCACUUUUGCAUCAAUACUGUCAUAUCUGUCUUUAUAUUACAGAUAAUUAGGUGUGGAUACCAAUGUUGAUCUUACCUCAGUUUCCCCCCGAUCAAAUGUUAAAAGAUUCUACUUAACUGUGUAGAGCAUCUUAAAAUGCCAAAUUACUUCCACUGUCUGAACCUCAUGCUCUUUUAUCACUUGUAUAUGAAGAUCAGUACCAACAUCACAGAGAGUUUCUUGCUUUUUGCCUUCCCUUGCAUUUCAUGUUUUUUUUCUGCUGUGAAGUAGCUGAGCUGGUAUGUAACGUAUAACCCGCUAUCUAUUUAUCUAUCUAGCAAAUGACAAGUUUACUUUUAAGUAGAUCAUCAUCUACUUAUGUUUGUGUAAGCUGUUAGGAUAGAUGUGGUUUAAAGGAACACUAUGCAACUUUUUGAGCUAAUUACCCAUCUUCAUAAGUUUAAUGCUGAGUCACUACCCGAUAAAUGCGGACUCCCUUGACCAUCCCCAUGGUCCUCAGACAGUGAGCCCAUGGUCUUGGGGCAGCCGUGGCCUAGUGGGUAAGGAGAUUGGCUUUAGAUCAGAGGGUUGCAGGUUUGAAUCCCACCCUUCCACUUGGUAUCUGACUUCAUUGUUGAGGUGCCAUUGAGCAAGGCACCUAACCCCACACUGCUCCAGGGACUGAAACCAAUACUUUAAAUAGCCACAAGUCACUUUGGAUAAAAGUUUCAGUUAAGCAAUGCAAUGUAACACCACGCUUGGAAAUUUUGGAUGUUCCUUACUUUACCAUCAGUCUCACAAAGUCUCAAAAGUUGCAAGAAGCUAUACUAAGUUAAAUUCAGCAGAAAUUCUGGCCUUAACUUACUGGCCAUGCCCACCUAUAGGCCGAGGGUAAGGGAAUACAAUCGACUUUAAAACAUCAUAGCAGGAUUCUGUUGAGAAAACAAAACACACUCAAAGUUGCAUAGAUAGUAUGUCUUUUUAAUCUGUUUUUAUUUAGGACAAAGUGCAAAAUGUAACCACUUUCACAAAUCCUAUGAAGUAGCCGCACCAUCUCGCCAAUGUACACACAGUUGAAUAUGCACACAAAAUUCAUUCUUUCCAUGCAUUACAGUCAUAUAA